AAUACAAAGCCAAACACCAUGCCAUCAUAAGACACACACAUCUGCAUUCUUCUAUCCACUUAUCUCUGAUCGAUCCGAGAGCCAGAGACAACAAGGAGGAGUUACUAAUGGCUGAGUCGGCCUAUAGCAUCGUGCUCAGCAAUGUCAACACACUUGCAAUUCAGGAGACCACACUCCUGUGUGGAGUCACCCUUGAAGUGGAGUCCCUAAAAGAUGAGCUCAAGCGGCUCCAAGGCUUCCUUAGAGAUGCCGACGGCAAGCGGAGGCUCAGAGAUGAAGAUAUUGUUGUCUUGGUCAGCCAGAUCAGAGAUGUGGGGUAUGAGGCUGACAAUGCCAUUGAAGCGGUGGAUCACAUGCAGAAGAGAAACAGGCUCAAGAAGGGAUUCAUGGGCGCCAUUGCAAGGUAUGCUCGCCUACCAAGUGAUUUGACUACCCUUCUCAAUGUUGGUGUUGAAAUUGAACGCAUCAAAAGGAAAAUCUAUGAGAUAGUUGAAAGUGCAAACCGCCUGGAAAUAGUUGAUUUGGGGCAUGUGCCAAUAGAAAAUGUUCUUAAGCUUGAUGAAGAAAAAAGCUGGGAACUUCUGAGUAGCAAAGCCUUACCAUCAUACAAAAGGUCCGUCAUACAUGAUGUGGAUGAGUUUGAAAAACUUGGCAGAAAGCUUGCAAAGAAAUGUGAUGGAUGCUUAGCGCGCUAUUUAAAAGUAUGGUUACCACUUGCACUUGCACUAUUGGGGGGUUACCUAUCAAAACAUUUAAAUGCACGAGAAUGGUCUGAUAUACUCUUGGAUUGGCCAUCGACCAGAAAUGGGCAGAUAGUGCGGAACAUUGUUGCUCGGAGUUACAAGGACCUGCCAAAUCAUUAUUUAAGGUCUUGUUUCCUCUAUAUUGCUUCUUAUCCCAAGGAUUACAUAAUAGAUGUGCCAAGACUUGUAGAAUUAUGGAUAGCAGAAGGCUUCAUUCCUCAGAUACCAAACCAUAAGCUAGAAGAAACAGCGCAUAAGUGCGUAGCCGAGUUGGCGCAGAGAAGCUUGGUAGAAGUUAUUGAAAGAAGCAGGGCACAUGGAUGUAUUGACAUUAUAAAGAUUCAUGAUAUCUUACAUGACUGGUGUGCAGAAGAAGCAAGGCAAGAUGGUUUUCUUGAUGUGAGGAACAAAACUACGGCGUCGGUUCCUAGACUGAGGUUCCUGAGAGUUCUUAGCAUUGAAGACUCAACAUUGAAAGAUUUCUCUACAAUGAAUCAACUGACAACCUUAUUCUUGAUGAUGUUCCCCAUGCCCAUGGAGGUGUUUAACCUAUUUGCAAACAUGCCUCACCUUGUUGAUAUUACUCUUGGCCAAUUCGGUGUGCUUGAUAAGUUGCCUCAUGAGUUCCCACAAAGUGUACGUCGUCUUGUUCUAUAUGCCGAUGUCAUUAGACAAGACCCAAUGCCGAUCCUAGAGAAGCUUCCAUGUCUAGUGGUGCUGAAAUUAGAGGGGUAUGAAGGCAAAACUAUGUCCUGCUCUGCCCAAGGGUUUCCUCAGCUGCAAGAGUUAGAACUUCACAGGUUUUCCAUGGAGGAGUGGAGGACGGAGGAAGGGACAAUGGCUAAACUCUCUCUCCUGGUACUUUGGGAGUGCGAGAAGAUAAGCAAGCUUUGCGAGGGGUUGCUAGACCUUCCGUAUCUCAAUCACGUGACGUUGGCCGAUGCGUCCCAAAUUUCUGAAGAAUGAUAGCGCACUAAAGAAGCUGCUGCAGAAAGGAU